AUGAUUGACACCAGUCUCUAUGGGAAGAACAGAAUCUCGCUACUGCCGUGGAAUUCGGAUACCUGUGACGGAAGACACGCAGCCAAACACUCGGUCGUCAUUGAGUCGGACCUUUCCGUGCUCUUGUACAAUGCUCGCACGAGACUUUCUGAUGCGAUGCUCGGGAAGGCUUUCACUUCGGCAUGCGUCUUAGUUCACGAACCGAAAGCCGUUGAGAUCAAUCUGCUCGCUGCGUUUUUCCACUUUUACAAAUAUCGAAAGGCAUUAGAAUUUAAGGUGCACAACGUGGAAGCUUCUCCAACAGCUCGCAUACUGGGAGGCUUUAUGGAUGUGUGCCUAGAUUGCGGGAAUCCUUCGGGGGGGGGGGCCUCCAAAAAUACCUGGUGUGGUCGAUGUGGUUUACUGGAACUCUUACAGACAGAAUGGAAGUUUGCGACAAAUGAGUGCAGUCAUCCCCCUUCGCGGCUUAUCAAAGAAAACUUCCAUAACAUAAUAGUUCUUAGAGAUGUGCAGCAAGCAGGAAGUGUAGUUUUCGCCAUUCUCCAACUUGCCUCGCAAACUUGCUCAACUGCACUAAAGGCAUUGCGUGAUUCAGGUACUAUUACGCAACUACCAGCAACUAAUACCGAUGCAUCUUUGGACACGAGACUCAAUGACUACAACUCUCUGCUUUCUCUGCUUUACCAUGACGCAACCAAGCUCGCUAUUGCACUCAAGCCCUCCGAUCUGACAUACUCCGCGGCGCUUUCUCCGGCCAAAGAACUUGUAUCGCAUGUCAACGCUCUCGCAUCUUGUGCGUGUAGCAUCGAUGGGGCGCAAUAUGGACGUACUCUGUCCCGCGAGAUGCGCUGGUCAACUGAAGAUGUGUUGACUGGGUUUGAGUCACUCUUGGGGGUAUAUGCAUCCGAUGCACACCAUCGGAAUGCUAUCAGAGAAAAAGGUACAACUGAACCAUACCUCGUUAGAACCGGUACUGUACACGAGGCGAUCGUCCGAGCCCGCGGGAUACCACGCACGAAUCAGGAGGCAGUCAGAAAACGAUGGCAGGGAGUCCUCGGAGGACUGAGCGAUUGUGAGAAGGAAGUUCAAGAAAUGGUCACUGAAGAAGAAGCGGAAGGUAACAAUGAAGGGGAUAGUGAGGAUGAAGGCUAUGGCGAUUUCGACGACGAUUGGGAGCUCGAUGACAUGAAGCACCCUAAAAAGCAAAACAUCGUUGCUUCCCAGGAAGAGCUCACGCGCCUAAAAUCUGCGUAUACGUUAUUCAAAUUCACAUACACGUUGGUCAAGCGCGUGGAUCAUAUUAUCUUACGGCCAUCUUCCACUAUAGAAUUGCCGCCCCCGAGAACCCUUGAUAAACUUCUCUCUAAUGGUGACUUGUUGCUGAAGUCUGCGGAUGAACUCGUCCACGCGCUCUACGUCCCCCAAGUUUCUGAUGAUGUGUCAAAAAAUUCAAAGAACUUCGUGGCACUCGUUAACGAUUUACAGGCCGAUUUAGCAUCGAUAGGACUUGCAAAUCACUCUCCUGGAAGUUUUGGCGAGUCCUCGAUCGCGAAUCUCACCCAGAAAGCUGCCUCUGUAUCUCUAGUGGCGCUGCCCAACGAGGGAAAGGACCUGGUGAAAGAACAGAGAUGGUUCGACGCUUGCUUCGCGCAGAUAUUCAAGUCGAUAUCAAGCCCAGUGUAG